AGACGAUUCAGCAACGCAAACAUGGCUUAUUUUUUCGUCAACAAAAAAAGUUACUUUUCUGAAUGCAAAUAACUGUUCUGGUUCAGCCUUUGGAAGAAUUCACGUCCAGUCUCAAGAAGAACUCGUUGAAUUAGAGCUGGGCAUCGAAAGUCAAAGACUUGUUAAAAUGGAGCAAGGUUUGCCAUCUGCGAAAGCAGUUUCCCAGCACUUUAUGAAUGGAUGCUUAAAAAGCGAAGAUGACAGUUCACUGACCUUGCAAUCAGAUUUCAUUAAGUCAGAAAUACAAGUUAAAGUGGAACCUGAUCAAGAUGACUCUUCAAUGCUUGAUGUGAACGAGCUAGGAACGUUUUCUCGUUCUCAGGGGAAUGUUAAAGAGGAGUUUUUGGACCUUGGUCUGCAAAUUUUACCAACUGGCCUAAUGCCACCAGUUGAGAUGGAAGAAGAGCUUGAAAUCACAGCGAACACGCACACUUCUCCAGAUAAACCUCUGAACAGAAGAACUGAUACAUCAAGCAAAAGAAAAAAAAGUACAGACAAGAAAAGAACAUCAAGAAAAAGAAAAUCAACAGAGCCAACAAAACAAAUUAUACCAACUAAAAUGAAUUCUGAUGUGUCAAGUGACAGAAUGAAAUCUUUAAUAAUGCAGGGAAACGCCACACAACAUCCAGAGAAAGCAGUUUUGUCUAUGGCGUGCCUUAAAAAGCCUGCAGCUGAGGUUACAGAUACACUAAGAGAAGAAUAUGAAUCCAUUGCUGCCCCUGAUUUGGAAUCUGAGGUCUCUGAUAGUGAUGGCCCAGAAUGCCACAGUGGCCCAGAUUUGACAGAAUGUCAGAAAACUGUCCUCACAGACUUCGAGUUCUCAUCUGAGGAAUCUAGUGACGAGGAGAGUGAAGAUCGCUUGAGUCGAUGGAGCAAAGGAGACUCUUAUUGGAGCAAAUAUCCUCCUCAAAGUGAAACCAUGACAUCCUCACAGAGCUGUCCAGGUCCUGGACCAGGGUCUUCAGUAGAGACACCUAAAGAUGCCUGGGAACUUUUCAUGAGCGAAAACAUCAUUGAUGCGAUCCUGCAAUGCACCAACUUAGGUGGACUGAGAGCAGCAUUAGCAAAAGGCAAAGUGUGGCAAAAGAUCACUAAAGAAGAGCUAAAAGCCUUUAUUGGUCUGAGCCUUCUCAUUGGUGUGGAGAGAAGUUGUGAUGUCCCAAUCCGGGAACUGUUUAUGGAUCCGUUACAGAACCCACUAUAUAGAGCUACCAUGUCUGUUGGUAGAUAUCAAGACCUUCACAGAUUCCUGCAAUUUGAUAACAAGAAAACCAGAGUGGCAAGAGAGGCAUCAGACCACAUGGCAGCCUUCCGAAAUGUGUGGGACCUGUUCCUGAUCAACUGCAGGAAAAGGUUUAUCCCUAGGGAUUGUGUCACUGUGGGUGAGCAGCUUGUGCCAUUCCAGGGAAGAUGUAAGUUUCUGCAACACGUGCCAAGCCGCCCUACCAAGAGUGGCAUAAAAAUCUUUUGGAUGUGCGAUACCGAGGUCCCCUACGCCAUUGAUGGGGUCAUCUACACAGGCAGACAGCCAGGAGAGGAGACUGAGGAGAACCUUGCAGUGAACACAGUCCUGAGGUUGUCCAAUGGGCUUCAGCAAAAAGAUCUCAACAUUACAAUGGACAGCUACUUCACCAGUGUCCCUCUGGCAGAGAAGCUUUUCGAGAAAAGCUUGACCAUGGUUGGGGCCCUUCGCCAUAAGAAUCCACAUGUGCCGCCGAUUAUGAAGCCAUCCAAGUUACGAGCACUACAUACCUCUGAGUUUGGUUUUUGUGGCACAGUAUUCAUGGUGAGCUAUGUGCCAAAACUAAAAAAGGCAGUGAUUCUGUUGAGUACAAUGCAUACCAGCGAUGCGUUGAAUGAAACGAGUGCUAAAAACAAGCCAGAGGUCAUUCAGUACUACAACCGCACCAAAGGAGGAGUCAGCAGUGUUAAGCUAAUGGCUGAAAAUUAUACUUGCAAGCGGCAAACAAAGAGAUGGCCUAUGCUGCUUUGGUAUAACAUGUUGGAUAUUGCCAUUGUAAACUCCUACUCCAUUUUCAUUGCUCAGCACCCAAGCUUCAUGGGAGGUGGUCAUAACACCCAGCGCUUGUUCAUAAAAGAGCUAGUGAAAGAGCUUGUAAUGCCUCAGAUACAUAGGCGCAGAGAAGAAAGCCCUGGAUUAUCCAUGAUCAUCCUUGAGGCCAUGGACAGAUGUGGGAUGCCCACAUCAUUGUCAGCUGUCUAUUCCGAGCUCCAAGAACAGAGCUGUCAGAACAGAAUAAGAAAAAGAUGUUAUUACUGUCCAUCUGGAAGAGACAGAAAAGUGAGCAAGUUCUGCAGUGAAUGCAGUCGCCCUGUCUGCAAAGAUCACAGUCACAUGUUGGUGAUUUGCUACCGGUGCAUGCCUUAAGUCCCAUACAGAAACAGUUUCUAUAUUUCUAUUCUGCAGUGAUAAUGACUGUUCUGCUGACAAGUUUGAUUUCUAAAGGAAAUCACUGUUGUUUAAAAGAU